GCCCGCCUCCGCCUCCGCCUCCGCCCGCCGCAGAUUUUUAAAAAAAUGGAUUUGGCCAACCAUGGACUUAUUCUCCUGCAACAGUUAAACGCUCAGCGAGAGUUUGGUUUCCUGUGUGACUGCACGGUUGCCAUCGGCGAUGUGUACUUCAAGGCACACAAAUCAGUUCUUGCUUCAUUCUCCAAUUACUUUAAGAUGUUGUUUGUCCAUCAGACCAGUGAGUGUGUCCGUUUGAAGCCCACGGACAUACAGCCGGACAUCUUCAGCUAUCUCUUGCAUUUGAUGUAUACUGGGAAGAUGGCCCCUCAGCUGAUUGACCCCGUCAGGUUAGAACAAGGGAUCAAGUUCCUGCACGCCUACCCUCUGAUCCAGGAAGCCAGCCUGGCCAGCCAGGGAGCCUUUUCUCAUCCCGACCAAGUUUUCCCACUGGCAUCUUCCUUGUACGGCAUUCAGAUUGCAGACCAUCAGCUGAGACAAGCCACCAAGAUCGCUUCAGCACCUGAGAAGCUGGGGCGAGAGCCCCGGCCGCCACCCUCCCGGAUGAGCCAGGAGCAGGUGCCUGAGGCCGCGCAGCUGUCGCAGCUGACUUCCAACCUGACCCAGGUGAACCGGACCCACCUGACACCCUCCGACCCCCUGCAGACCUCCCUGUCUCCAGAACUCAUCUCCACCCCUGUACCUCCCCCUCCUCCUGGGGAGGAGACCAAUCUGGAAGCUUCUUCCUCCGAUGAGCAGCCGGCCUCGCUCACCAUCGCUCACGUCAAGCCGAGCAUCAUGAAGAGGAAUGGCAGCUUCCCCAAGUACUACGCCUGCCACCUGUGCGGCCGGCGCUUCACGCUGCGGAGCAGCCUGCGGGAGCACCUGCAGAUCCACACCGGGGUGCCCUUCACCGCCAGCCAGCCCGGAGAGAGCCGCGGCCCCCUGUCCCUCUGCAGCAACGCCGCUGACCUGGGGAAGGACGCCAUGGAAGUGCCUGAGGCGGGGAUGAUCAGCGACAGCGAGCUGCAGCACAUCUCCGACUCCCCCAUCAUCGACGGCCAGCCGCACUCGGAGACGCCGCCGCCCUCCGACAUCGCGGACAUCGACAACCUGGAGCAGGCCGACCAGGAGCGCGAGGUCAAGCGGCGCAAGUACGAGUGCACCAUCUGCGGGCGCAAGUUCAUCCAGAAGAGCCACUGGCGGGAGCACAUGUACAUCCACACCGGGAAGCCCUUCAAGUGCAGCACCUGCGACAAGAGCUUCUGCAGGGCCAACCAGGCCGCGCGGCACGUGUGCCUCAACCAGAGCAUCGACACCUACACCAUGGUGGACAAGCAGACUCUGGAGCUCUGCACGUUCGAGGAGGGCAGUCAGAUGGACAACAUGCUGGUGCAGACCAACAAACCCUACAAAUGCAACCUGUGCGACAAGACGUUCUCCACGCCCAACGAGGUGGUCAAACACUCUUGCCAGAACCAGAACUCGGACGUUUUUGCCCUGGACGAGGGGCGCUCCAUCCUCCUGGGCAGUGGGGACUCGGAAGUCACGGACCCCGAGCACCCGGUGUUAGCGUCCAUCAAAAAGGAGCAGGAGACCGUGUUGUUAGACUGACCGUCGCUUCUCUUUUUAAAAACUGUCAUUUUUACAAAGACUAUUUUCCCUCCCUUCCCCGGCGCAGAAUUAGCGUUCUCCAUGGCAUGAUACAAAUAGGUCCC